UUAGUGAUGAAAUUUGCAGCAAUAACCAAAUUCCAUUAAAAUCGGGAAUAAUUAUGUGUAAUUAUCUGGCUAUUUAGUGAAAUUAAGUCACUGCUGAGUUAAGAGUUUUUUUUUGUUCCUUGCAUUGGCAAUUGUCUGUCAAUCGAGUCAAAAUGUCUAAUAUUUUAGCGAAAAAUAUAUCAACUUUAAUCAAACUUCAACCGAAAUAUUUUAUCACGAAUGCUGCUGCAGGUGUGAGGAAGGGUUCUGACUGGGUGCCACAGGAAAAAGUGACCCAUACUGGACAGAAAUGGGAGCCUGACGAUUACCGCUUGUCGAGAUUUGUGGGUCGCCCCAAGCACGUUAAUCCCAAUUUUGCCAUCGACUUGAUAGCGGAAGUGCCUCCAAAGGCCUGCAAAGAGCGAGUUGUUUGGUGCGAUGGAGGUGGUGGUCCGACAGGACACCCCAAAGUUUACAUAAACCUUGACAAGCCUGGCAAUCAUUCUUGCGGUUAUUGUGGCCUGAGGUACUAUUUGGACCACGGGCAUUGAAUUAGUUGGGAAUUUUUGUAGAUAUUGUUGUAAUUAAGAAAUAAAUUAAUGUAAAAAACCCAUCUUUUCGUUACAUAACCUGGCAAUUCCU